ACAUAUCAUCAAACUCACUCAAAAAAAGAAAUACAGCGAAUUCAAAAAAAAAAAAAAAAGAUUCUUGCAAGUGAAAGCAGAGAUGGUGAUGGAAGAGAAACUCGUGAUCAACGAACUGGAACAAGGGAGAGAGCUUGCCAAACGUCUGAUGAGCAAUCUCAAAGAUACUUCCUCAAUCGAAUCCAGCAAAAGCUUGAUCUCUGAGAUCCUCAGUAUCUACCAGAAUGCUAUUUCCAUGUUAGACGACAAGAAGGUCCUUAAGCGAAGCCGUGAGAUCGAUGACAAAUAUUCUAAGAACGUGAUUAAAAAGAGGAAAGUGUUUGAGAAGACAGAGAAAGUUAGUUUCUUUGUCGGAGCAGGACAAGAAAAGGGUUCAAUUGAUGAUGGUUAUUGCUGGAGAAAGUACGGUCAAAAAGAGAUUCAUGGAUCCAUUAAUCCAAGAGGAUAUUUCAGAUGCACACAUCGAUUCACACAGAACUGUUUAGCAGUGAAGCAAGUCCAAAAAUCCGACAGAGAUCCUUCCAUUUUCGAAGUGAAGUAUGUCGGGAGCCACACUUGUAACAACACUACUACAUCUCCAAAGACACCGAACUUCUCUGUUUCGACGUUCCAGGAAGGAAACACAGCGGAUGAGCAACGAGAAGACAUCAAACCGACGAAAACAGAGGAAGCGAUGAUGAGUUUUGAAGAUCUUGAGAGCAAGAAGAACAUUUUCAGAACGUUUUCUUUCUCUAACUACGAGUUUGAGAAUGGUGGUGGUGGUUGGAAAGGCAACCUCUUCCAUGAGAAUCAGCUGUCUCCUGCUGCGACUACGUCAGGGUCUGGAAUCACUAGCGAGAUUGCAACGGCUCCUGCUUCUGUUGAGAACUCGGAGACUGCAGAUUCGUAUUUCUCGUCUUUGGACAAUAUUAUCGACUUUGGACCGGAUUGGUUGCUGUCGUGUGACGUUUUGAAUUGGUGAAUGUAAUAUUAAUGUGGUAGUAACUAUAUAGAUGGUGACUGGUGAGUGUAAUAUUUAGGAUUAGAUUUAAUAUAUUUGCUGAUGGAUUAGAGAUUGGCUUUUUUUCAAUAGGGGAGGGUUUGUUGAUUCCCAUUGAAGUUUAAUGGUUCUUGAUGAUGAUUAAUAAAUAAAAUGUUACUAUUAA